AAUUUUUUACAAAAAUAAACAUUGGGUUUCUCUUUGCUUUCCUAAUAAACUCUAAUCUUGAAUCGCCCAUUUUCUCUCCGAUUUUUUGUUCUUCCUUAGCUACCAGCUUUCUACUGCAAUUUUCAGUGAGCUGCAAUUGUAUCAACAGAAACUCCAAAUUACAGAAAAUGGAGAUGAUUGAAGCAGUGACAUUGAUAUUGGGUGUUCUGUUAGCCCUUCUAUUCAUUAUCCCGCGAUUUAAUAAACCCACAGGUCAAUCGAAAACUGAAGCUUUGAACAGUAACACCAAUAAUAUAUCAAAGGAAUCUAGAAGAUAUACUAAAGCUGAAGUUUCGUUGCACGACAAAAGGACUGAUUGUUGGGUCAUCAUCAAAGAUAAGGUAUAUGAUGUAACUUCAUAUGUGGAGGAGCACCCUGGUGGUGAUGCUAUAUUAACGCAUGCAGGGGAUGAUUCAACUGAAGGAUUUUAUGGGCCACAGCAUGGUACACGAGUAUUUGACAUAAUAGAAGAUUUCUGCAUUGGAGAACUGGAACAGUGACUGAGCUUGUGCAACCAGUUAAAUGUCUAAAUGCUUGGUGAAAAGAUUUUUUGGCUGAGACUCCUCUCCUUCAAUAUGCUGUCCCAACCUUAUCCCUGUCAUUUGCAAGUUCUUGAUGUAAGAUUAAAUUCUUAGCAGGUGCUGGAUUGUUUGAGCUACGUUACCAGCGCUAUGACUUAAGUUGAAAUCCUACAAAGAGGCGCAUCAAAUCAACUUGAGUCAUGGAUGCUUUCAAUUCUUGAGUUUUGUGAAUUUUAGUCCUACUCCAUUGAUGAAUUUGAUUAAAGAAAUUCAUUUGGACUUCUCUGUUAAGGGUUAUCUUAUAGCUCCUCGCAGAAAUUCAGUUCAAGCUUUUAUAUUCCACUUUUUAAAUGUUUAGGUAUUAUAUUAAGAUAGAAUUUUCCAUAUUCACAAUUCAUAUGGUGAUAAUUGUAAACAUCAAUGAGAAGUAGACCUUUUUCUAAUUUGCUACCAUUCAGG